AGGAGCACACACGUUACCGCGUUCGUCCCACUCUCUCUCCACCCUUUACGCCUUUUUCUGUGUGGAAAAACGAAACUUGUGCCACCCUCUUGACCAAAAAGAAAGAAACUUUUUGCCACUCAAGAAAUAAAACUCAGACAUUCGGACCAGAACACAAUCUUUUAACAGAAAAUGGGGCCUCUGUUCCUACCCAUGAUUCGAUCAGUCUCAAAAUUUAUCAGUUUCACCAUUUUGCUUCUCUUUGGACUUGCUUGUACCAGCUUCACUGCUACAGAAGCAUAUGAUCCGCUUGACCCCAGUGGAAAUAUCACAAUCAAAUGGGAUAUUAUAAGCUGGACUCCUGAUGGCUAUGUUGCUGUUGUUACCAUCUAUAACUUCCAGAAAUAUCGGCACAUUCAAGCACCAGGCUGGUCACUGGGAUGGACAUGGGCAAAGAAGGAGGUUAUAUGGAACAUGGUAGGAGGACAAGCCACAGAGCAAGGGGAUUGUUCAAAAUUUAAAACAACAAUCCCACACUGCUGUAAAAAGAACCCAACUGUUGUUGAUUUAUUGCCAGGAACUCCUUACAAUCAACAAAUUACAAAUUGUUGCAAAGGAGGAGUACUUGCUUCAUGGGUGCAGGAUCCAGCCAAUGCUGUGGGGUCUUUUCAACUAAGUGUUGGUCAAGCAGGAACCACUAAUAAGACGGUCAGAGCUCCUAAAAAUUUGACCCUGAAUGCACCAGGGCCUGGGUAUACUUGUGGUCGCGCAAAUAUCGUCAAACCAACUAAAUUUGUCACUGCAGAUAAACGGAGAGUCACUCAAGCUAUGAUGACAUGGAAUGUUACGUGCACAUAUUCGCAAUUCCUGGCUCAGACAACUCCCACUUGCUGUGUCUCACUCUCAUCCUUCUACAAUGACACAGUAGUGCCCUGCCCAGCAUGUUCGUGUGGCUGCCAAAGUAAUGCAACUCAUCCAGGAAGCUGUGUAGAGCCAGAUUCCCCCUAUUUGGCUUCAGUUGUCUCAGCCUCUAGCAAGAAUAGCUACAUGCCUCUGGUUCGAUGCACUAACCAUAUGUGCCCAAUCCGAGUUCACUGGCAUGUCAAGCUAAACUACAAGGAAUAUUGGCGAGUGAAAGUUACAGUUACAAACUUCAAUUACAGGAUGAAUUACUCGGAUUGGAAUUUAGUUGUCCAACACCCAAACUUUGACAAUCUGACGCAGAGUUUCAGCUUUAACUACAAGUCAAUAACUCCUUAUGCGACAAUAAAUGAUACAGCCAUGCUAUGGGGACUUAAGUUCUACAACGAUUUGCUGAUGCAAGCUGGGCCUCUUGGUAAUGUACAGUCAGAGCUGCUUUUCCAGAAGGAUCAAGCAACUUUCACAUUUGAUAAGGGUUGGGCUUUCCCUCGAAGGAUCUAUUUCAAUGGCGAUAACUGUGUCAUGCCACCUCCUGAUGCCUAUCCAUGGUUGCCAAACUCUGGUUUCCGACAGUAUACCUCUCUGCUUACUCUAAUCAUGACUUCUCUAUCAACAGCUGCACUCAUGUAUGUUCAUGCUUAACCUGAGCUUGCAAGUGUUGAAAUCUUAGAUUUUCAAAGGGCUUAGUUGACCUCAAAAUUUAUGGAAGCCACUCAAUUUUCCAUGCAUUUUGGUGAAAUGCUUCCACCAUGAAGUUAGAUGGAUUCGAGUAUGCUGCUGGUGUCCAUUUUUGUUUCUUGAUACUACAUAAGAGUGGGUUACUUCUGGCUAUUGUGUUGUGUGUAUAUUCAUGUAGUCAACCCCUCACUUGUAGAGUGACCAGGGUAUUGUAAUCGUGAUUGUAAAUCAAUAAGAAUGAUUAACUAGCUAUUGAGUCUGAUCAUAGUAUCGAUCUUACAGUUGUUUUUCGUUCUCACA